AGAGAUAUGAUUUUGCAAAGGAACUAAUGAUACUAGUGAAAAGAAUUAAUUAUAUUAAAAAAUCAAGACCGAUUUUCUUAGUUUACAACAGUAACAGAACGUCGAAUUGAUCAAUAUUUAAGCAGUUAAAAAGAUUUUGUGCUGAAAGCAGGGAACAUUAACAGUUUAAAGGUACAUACAAUAAAAAUGUCUCAUCCUUAUGGAUCAGUUUCAGCACAAGGAAAUUAUACACGUCGCAGCAAACAUGGGAGCAAAGUUGAUAGUUCUCAGUCUGAAAGUUCACGCACUGAACAUCAUGGUGCUUCAAGAAGCACAGGGCAAAGACAUCCCCCAUGGUUAAAGGGAAAAGAUAUAGGAUUAUAUUACAGAGACAAAGCCAUUAACAAAGCUAAACAAAAGCAACAAUUCAUCUGCAACAUUAAACUUCCAUCACAUGUUCAAGAUAAAAUUGAAAAUUUGUUAGAAAGAUCUAAAGGAUAUUAUGAUAAACUACAUAACAAUGAAGCUUGUACAGAAGAUACAAAUACUGCAUUGGAGAAUAAAUAUGUUCAUAUUCAUGAUUCCCAGUUUAAGAGAAAGUUUUUAAAUAUAGUGUCUGGUAAUAUACAAGAGAAUCUUGCCAAAGCUUUACUUGUUAAAUCAAAGUUAGACAAGGAUAAUGAUAUAGACGAGAAAUUAAUAAAUGAAUAUAAGGCAAAACAGUCUUUGCAAGAAUAUGAGAAUAUGAUGACAUUUCGAACGAAAUUGCCAUCAUAUCAAAAAAGAUCAGAAAUAUUAGAAUUACUUAGGGAAAAUCAAGUUGUUGUAAUAAGUGGAGAGACUGGUUGUGGUAAAACAACACAAAUUGCCCAGUUUAUAUUGGAUGACCAAAUAGAACAAGGCAAUGGUAGUGUUACCAAAAUCAUUUGCACUCAACCUAGAAGAAUAUCAGCUAUAUCUGUUGCUGAAAGAGUUGCUGCUGAAAGAGCAGAGAAACUUGGUAGAUCUGUUGGUUUCCACAUAAGGCUUGAAAAAGUAUUACCUAGAGAUAGAGGAAGUAUAUUAUUUUGUACUACUGGGUUAUUAUUACAAUUCAUGCAAGGUGAUCCAGCUUUAAAAGAAUUCUCUCACAUUAUUCUGGAUGAAAUUCACGAACGUUCUACAGAUAGUGAUUUCAUUAUUGCUCUAUUAAAAUUAAUUAUUCCAAAGAGGCCGGAUUUGAAAGUUAUUUUAAUGAGCGCGACGCUUAACUCGGAAACAUUUUCAAAAUAUUAUAAUGGCUGUCCAAUGAUUCACAUUCCCGGUUUCACUUACCCAGUGGAAGAAUUUUAUUUAGAGGAUGUUUUAUCACUCACAAGAUUUAAGUUCCCUGAAGCACAGCUUCCCCCUCAAGAUCAUAGGAAACACAGUAAAAAAUAUAAAAAAAUGCAGGAGACCACAGAUGAGUUUUUCAGAAUCAUAGAUCCACACAUCCGCAGACUUGUAGCACAAAAAACAUAUCCAAGACAUGUGACUGAUCAGUUAAGAAACCCAGAAAGUGAGAAAUUAUCUCUUGAACUUACAGAACAAUUGAUUUGGUAUAUCUGUAGUACAAAAGGUCCAGGAGCCAUUUUAGUUUUUCUUCCUGGUAUGAUGGACAUAAUAAAAUUACACAGGAUGUUGUUAGAUAGUGUACGAUAUCCUGAUAGUCAAUAUGUUAUUUAUCCUCUUCACUCUCUUAUGCCAACAAUUGAUCAGAAACUCAUAUUCAAAGAACCACCCGAAGGGGUUCGAAAAAUAAUUAUCGCUACUUCUAUCGCUGAAAGUUCUAUAACUAUCGAAGAUAUAGUAUAUGUCAUUGAUUGUGGAAAAACGAAAUUUGGAAAGUUUGAUAUAGAGAAGAAUGUACAAACUUUAGAACCAGAGUGGAUAUCCUUGGCAAAUGCGAAACAAAGAAGAGGUAGAGCAGGCAGAGUAAGACCUGGUUUUUGUUAUCAUUUGUAUUCGAAAGCUAGAGAAAUGACGUUUGAACAGUAUCCAUUACCGGAAAUGUUAAGAACACGAUUAGAGGAAGUUAUUUUACGUAUAAAAAUUUUACAAUUAGGAAAGGCUAGAUCUUUCCUAGACAGUGUUAUGAACCCUCCAAACUGGGAAGCUAUAGAUUUAUCUUUAAAUUUACUCAGGACCCUGAAUGCAUUAGAUAAUGACGAAAAUUUAACACCUUUAGGGUAUCAUUUGGCACAACUGCCAGUUGAUCCACGAACAGGAAAAAUGAUCAUAUGGGCAGCAUUAUUUUCAUGUGUCGAACCAGUAUUUGCAAUCGCAGCGAGUUUAAGUUUCAAACACGCAUUUUACUGUCCUCUAGGGAAAGAGGCAGAAGCAAAGCAAAAGAAACUUGAGCUUAAUAAGGAGCAAUAUAGCGAUCACAUAGCAUUAGCCGAAGCAUUGACGAGAUUCGAAUCUUCGUAUAGAAGGGGAAAUGCUGGUUAUUUUUGUAGAAAUUAUUUUCUUUCUUUUAGUACGCUGAAACUUCUUUCCGAAAUGAAAUCACAAUUUGCUCAACAUUUGUACGAAAUGAAAUUUUUGAACAGUCAAAACCCUAGUGAUCCAAAUGCCAAUAGAAAUUCUGAUAACAUAACUUUGGUAAAAGCAAUAGUAUGCGCCGCAUUAUACCCAAAUGUUGCUGUAAUCAGGGAUGUCACAAAAAAUGGAACGCUUGCAUGGACUCCGGAAGAUGGUCGAGUUACUAUACAUCCUUCUAGUGUAAAUGAUAAAGUCAAGCAAGUUCCUAGUCAGUUUAUUACAUAUUUUACGAAACAACGAUCAACUGCAGUAUAUUUACAUGACACUACAUGUGUUACCGUUCCGAUUCUCAUAUUUGCUGCUCCGAAUAUCUGUAUAAAAGUAGAAAAAGGAAAUUUCGUUAUUACUUUGCCAAGUUUUCAAACUUUUCCUUGCGACCAACGAACUGCACAACUCAUUCAGAAACUACAAGAUCAGUUUAAUAAUAUGUUAGAAUAUAAAAUUACACAUCCAGGAACAGUAACCUGGAAUAAUUACGAAGGCGACCUACUAAAUGCGAUUAUCGAUGUGGUCUGCCAAACAAAUGAGAGUAUGGGAUUUUCCAAAUCUAAUGUUCAAGAACAGAGAAAUAAUACGUAUGAUGAUGUUUGAAUAUUAUUUAAUAAUUUAUUUAACAAAUAAUGUAAUUACUAUAAUUAUUGCUUCAGAAUGUAUUGAAACAAAUUCAUAAAUUGAA